AUGCCUUUCUUUUCCGAUCCCAAUAUCGAACAUGCAAUGCCACAGACGUGGCAACUGUCGUCGACUACAGCCAUGGCACAUGAAACUCAGUUCAUAAACCCAAACAUACUGCAAAUGGUUGAGGAAUUCAACGAUGAUCCAAUAGACAGCCAGCCUCAUGAGCUUGGUAGUCCACCCCAGGAGCUGGGUGUUAUUGGCGGCCCAGUUCGUUUUCAUUCGAUCAUGACACCUUCCACCUUUGUAGAUCAAUCACAAAACGACCAACUACAAAGCUCCCCAUCUCCCAGAAGCUUGAAAUCCCAGCCCUCAACAGGGUCUUCCAGCGGCAAUGGUCCUUGGUCACCCGCCUCGCCCGAAGAUGAUUCCGGUGAAACCCAGCCAUAUGCUGGGCCAGUACGUCCAUCUCUGUCUCUCAAGGAGCUUUAUCCCGAUGGCUUUAUCCCCUGGGAUCCGGCGGACCCUGCAAAGUCUGACAGAAUCCACGAAAAAAUCCCCCUUACUCAGGCCGAACUUCAGCAACAGAGAGAAGAUACCGCUGCACUUAAGAGAGCUGGUGGCUCAUGUAUGGUGUGCUAUCGGGCCAAGAAGAAGUGUGGAACAACUACACCGUGUCCUCCAUGCUCUUCUAAGGGUAAUCGAAUCUGCUUUCGAAGUUGGGGAGAUCUAUGCCUGAUUGGGCCGCCUACGGGGAACUCUCUUACCAUCCUUAGUUUCCCAUCCCAAGAGGCGAGAGAUAAUUUACAACGUAUGAGUGAGGAGGUGUUUAGUCGCAUGAAUACAUUCAAAGCGGUUGUCAAUAUCCGCGACACAUAUGGCGGAAACUGCACUGCAUGGCAUUGGACAGUAACGGGGUCCAGUAUCACACUAUCGAGCAAACCAGAGUGUCCUGUCGAUGAUCUUCUUACUGGGGUUACUAGUGCCCUCCCCCUCGCCGAUCUGCUCAAAUUUGGAGAUCUAUACAAACACAGCGAACUCGUCUGGACUACAGUCGGAAUGGCAAAGCUGUUUAUGGCCAUCCAAGGUUUGGCGCAAGCUCGAAUCCGUACGUCCUGGUUUGAAACCACCACCGGGCGCCUCGUCUUAUUAUAUGUUUUGAUUCUCUCUUUUCGGAAGCUCGCACAAAUGUCCCAGGACUUUUGCCCUGAUUUAUACAUUGCUCUGUGUGGAAAGGCCAAGCAGUCACGGAAAGGAAAUGAGUUCGAUCCCGCUUGGAUCGCGGCAGCAUUAUAUUACCGAGUUGUAUGCGGCUUGCAAGAUCUUCAAAAUAACGCAACCGUUGCGAGAAUAUUUGGCUCCUUUAGUUGUUAUCUCACUGGUGUCCGCGAAAAACUAGAAGAUAUCCUGCGCAAUGUGUCCCCCAAACACGGGACUACAGGCAAAUCCUCCUGUAGAGGGGUUCUUGAGGAUGUAGUUCCCAAUCUCCCGUCAUCUCUAGACGUGGAUAUGGCUUUCUGGCUCACAGACUCCGAGGAAAUGUCGUCUUCCGUUUUCCGCCGGCAAGACGGUCCCUUUUCGCCGCCAGCCUGCCAAAUGCAAGAGUUUUUGGCUGAUCAUUUCCCUCGGCCUGGGCAUAUGGCGAAUCAUGUUGAGCCGCACGAUGCGGUCUUGCAAUCAUCGGCGACUUCUCACAAUACGAUGAUAACCCAAGAACCGAACCUCUUUGAUGACAUACUCUUUCCCGAUCAAAUUGAACCUUUUGACUCGAAUGGUCUGUUGAUCCUCAGCAACGAGUAUGACAAUCCAUUCGAUCCAAUGGCUACCAUCUUUGAUGAUACGACCAUGCCACUCGAUACUACAAUGCCGCUUGAUACUCCAAUGCCACUCUAUGGCAAUUUGCGACAAUCCCUGUACAAUUGUUGA